AUGGCACAAUCAUUUAGCGUAACUUCCGAAGAUAUAAAAAUCCCAUUUGUUGCAUAUUUUACUUUUAUAUUAUUUACACUGUUAGCUUAUAACACAACACUCAAAUUCCUUUUUGCAAUGAAAAUAUUCUUUGAAAGUUUUUAUCGUUGGUUGUUCAUUCAGGGGCAAAACAACACUCAAAACACUCAAAUUCAUUUGGCAAUGAAAAUAUUAUUGAAAAUUCUUAAUGUCGACAAGGAAUUCAGUUUGGAAAUUCUUAAUGGUGCAAGAAAAAUUCCUAUUUCUGCCACUCAUAAUAAAUUUGUAAAUCUUUAUAAAAAAAGUUGGGAGCAUAAGCCAGAUGAGAGACCUGAUAUCGAUCAAGUGAUUCUGGAACUUAAUAGUAUUGAUCUUAAAUGUUAA